AUGGGGCGGGGCCAGAUCCGGGCCGUGUCCGGAUUGGAGGCGGCGUCAGAGCAGGGGGCGGGGCCGGCGCGGGCGGCGUGGCCCGCGGUCCAGGCGCGGCCCCGUUGCCGGGGUAACGCGACAACAGGCCGCAAGGCGGCGGCACCGCAGAGCCCGCCCGGCGUCCUCAGCUCGGCCUCGACGGCGUCCAGCAGGUCCAAGACCAGGACUCGCUACCGCACCAAGGCCCAGAGCUCCGAGGUGGACGAGAGCCUCUUUGGGGGCGCCAAGCCCCUGGCCCAGAGUGACAGCCCCAUGGUGAUGCUGAGGGACAGGAGGACCAUCCGGGACCCCCUCACCGCGCUGGGCCACAAGCCGGAGACCAUCCGGCUCAUCACGCGCGACCUCGUGCGGGAACUCAUCGUCCCCACCAAGGACCCCUCUGGCAAGUCCCUGAUCAUCAGCCCUGAGGAGUUCGAGCGCAUCAAGGGGGCGUCCACCGUGCACACCAGGGAGGAGCGUGAAGCCCAGGAGCAGGCGCUGCAGAAGGAGAAGGACCAGAUGCUGGACGCAGCGACCACGCGGAAGAAGAUCAUGAAGCAGCGGGAGAUGGUGUGGAGGAGCAGCAAGGCCCUGAGCACGCUGGAGGAGGAGGCCCAGGAGCGGGCCCAGGGCCUCCUCCGCCGGGCCGGGCAGCAGCGCCUGGAGCAGGAGGAGGAGCUCAGGCAGAUGAACCAGAUCAUCCUCAACGCCAAGUGCCACGCCAUCCGCGACGCCCAGAUCCUGGAGAAGCAGCAGAUCCAGAGGGAGCUGGAGGCCGAGGAGCGGAGGCUGGACCAGAUGAUGGAGGCCGAGCGCCAGAAGUCGGCGCAGCGCCAGGAGGACCUUGAGCGGCGGCGCCAAGAGGAGAGGCUCCGGGGCCAGCGGCACAUCCUGGAGCAGAUUGAGCAGCGGCAGGAGGAGCGGUCACUGCUGGGCGAGCGGCAGGAGCAGGAGAAGGAGCAGCUGCUGGCCCACAUGGACAAGCUGCUGGCCGAGGACCUCAAGGACCUGGAGCUCAGGCGGCAGCAGAAGCUGCAGCUGCAGGCCGAGAUCCGGCACGUCAACGAGGAGACACAGCGGCAGAAGGCGCAGCUGCGGGAGCAGGAGAAGCUGGCCGACGAGAUGGUCAUGGAGUUCACGCAGAAGAAGCUGGCCCGGGAAGCGGAGCUGGAGAAGGAACAGCAGCGGAUCCGCAGGGAGAAGGAGAAGGAGAUCGCGCGCCUGCGAGCCCUGCAGGAGAAGGCCCAGGACUACCGGGCGGAGCAGGACGCCCUGCGGGCCAAGCGCAACCAGGAGGUGGCGGAUCGCGAGUGGCGGCGGCGGGAGAAGGAGAAGGCGCAGAGGAGGCUGGAGGCGGAGGCCCAGCUGCGCCAGACCCGGCUGGACCAGAUGGCGUCCAAGGAGCGCGCGCGGGCCGUGCAGGUGCACCGGGACCGGGCCGAGUUCCAGAGGAUCCUCAGGAUGCAGCGGGAGCAGAUGGAGCAGGAGCGUCAGGAGGAGGAAAGGCGGGCCGCCACGCGCCGCCAGCACGCCGACGAGAUCCGCAGCCAGGUGCGGGAGCAGCAGCGCCGGCAGGUGCAGGCCCGGGUGGACACCUUCGAGGAGGGCCGGCGGCUGCAGGAGGAGGCCCAGCGCCGAAGCCAGCACAUCGCCGACAUCAAGCGGCAGAAGCUGCAGGAGCUGAGGGCCACGGGCCUCCCGGAGAAGUACUGCGUGGAGGCCGAGCGCAAGGCCAACAUCCUGGCCGCCCCGUCCUGAGCGUGCCC